GACUCCAUUUCACGCAUAAAGAUUUUUCGGUGACUAUCGAAUCAAUAUUCAUCUGGCACAGGAGUACCGCGAAGAUCUAAGUGUGCUCUACUUUCGCCACUCUUCCACACACGCCAUCCUCACCUCAUAUCCAUUAUCCCCGCAAUGUCAGACACCAGCAAGGCGCAAGCCGAAACCUCACAACCUAUUCAGAAGAAGAACCCGCAAGUGUUAGAGGAGGAUGAUGAAUUUGAAGAUUUCCCUGUAGAAGACUGGCCACAAGAAGAAACCGAGCAGGGUCAAGGUUCGAAUGCAAAUGGUACCAACACACAUCUUUGGGAAGAGAGCUGGGAUGACGACGAUGAGAGUGAAGAUUUCUCCAAACAGCUCAAGGAGGAGAUGAAAAAGGUGGAGGGCGCUAAAUAGACGAGACGGUGCGAACGACUGAUAAUUUGGGAGGAGAGGAUUUAUAUAGACAGCAAAGCUCUACAUCAUUCUGAGACGAGCGAAUCGAGACCCAAACAAAAGAUCGAUCGAUGUACUUCCUUAUGGAAUAUGUGAAAUGUCAGGUACAACCAACUACUACUAAUGACUAUCAUCAAAUAUCAUGACGAACACCAAAAUCCGCCUGAGGUCAUAUACGAAAAAAGUUCAGUGUAUCAAAGAUUUGGUGCAUUUUUCUCUGCAGUUUCGAGUACGAGAUAUCAGAACUUGAUCUCUAAAGAUAGCUUGAAUACUGUUUCCUUGGAUGAAGAUAGGUGUAGAAACAGAGGUAGUGAGAUUAAAAGAGUCGUAUUAUAUAUUUAACAGCAAAAGUAUUCGCCGAUCAUCCCGGGCUUUCUAUCUAGGUCCUUAUUGAAGAUUUUUUUACUUACUUGACAGAGCUGCAACACCUGGCAAAUCCUUACCCUCCAACAAUUCCAAAGAGGCACCACCGCCGGUAGAGACGUGGCUCAAUUUGUCUUCAACCUUGUACUUGGCAGCGACGGUAGCAGUGUCACCGCCGCCAAUAAUGACGAUACUGCCAGACUGAGCAGCCUGAACGGCAGCAUCGAGAGUGGCCUUGGUUCCGCUGGCGAAGGGUUCCAACUCAAAGACACCUGGGGGACCAUUCCAAAGGAUAGUCUUGGCUUCACUGAUAGCCUUCUUGUAGGAUUCCACACUCUUGGGACCGACAUCAAGACCAAGCCAGCCGUCUGGGAUACCUUCGGCGUCGGUGGCGCUACCGACCUCAGCAUCGGCACCGAAUUUGCUGGCAGUAACGUAGUCAACAGGGAGGAUAACAUUGACGUUAUUCUUCUUUGCCUUCUCUAUGAUAUCGCCGACAGUCUUGCUGCCGGGUUCAUCGAACAAAGAGUUACCGAUCUUGACAUUCUCAAGAGUCUUCUUGAAGGUGAAGGCCAUGCCACCGGUGAUGAUCAAGCUGUCGACCUUAGGGAGAAGGUUGUCAAUGAGUUGGAUCUUGUCAGAGACCUUGGAACCUCCCAAGAUAGCAAGGAAAGGACGCUUGGGGUUCUCCAAAGCUUGAGCAAAGUAGUCGAGUUCCUUCUUGACGAGGAAGCCGGCAGCCUUUUGAGGGAGCUCAACUCCGACCAUAGAGCUGUGGGCACGGUGGGCAGUUCCGAAAGCAUCAU